CUCCCGCCUCAUUCAUCAGACGGACGCUCACAGCUCGCACCACCUGCAGCAGAACCACUUGAGAACCAGCCAGCCAAGAGCCAACCGCCGGAGCCAAGAAGGAGGAGGAAGGAAGACAGCCAAGCAGGCAGGAUGUGCAACUCCAACGUCAAGUCGGCGGGCGUGGCCCAGAUCGACGGCCGCCCGGUGCUGCAGCCGGCGGGCAACCGCGUGGCGGCGGCGCCGGACGCCGCCCGCCCGCUCAAGAAGUCCCUGCAGAAGUCGCUCUCCAUGCCGGCUUCCUACGACAACAACAACAAUGCCACCGCCGCCGCCCGCGCCACGGCGCCGCCCGAGAACACCCGUGCGGCGGCGACCGCGGCGGCCUCUCUGCUGCCUCCUACGACGCCGGCGAGGGCGACGACCAAGGCGGCAGGCGCCGCGGAGAAGAGCAGGUCCGCCAAGGCCAGCAGGAAGCCCGGCGCCGUGCUGCCCGUGGUGACGUUCGCGGCGCUGGAGGCGUUCGAGCCAGCCGCGGCCGGGAGCAUCGCCGCGGCGCAGCGGGAGCACGCCGCGCAGGCGCAGGCGCAGCGCAAGAUGCGGAUCGCGCACUACGGCCGCACCGCGUCUUUCUCCCGGGUGGAGGGCCGAGUCGGCGCCACCGCCACCGCCACUGCCACGGCCGCCGCCGACCCUGCCGUCCCCGCCUCACCCACCGGCCACGACGAGAAGCGCUGCAGCUUCAUCACGCCCUACUCUGACCCGCUGUAUGUCGCGUACCACGACGAGGAGUGGGGAGUGCCCGUGCACGACGACGAGUUGCUAUUCGAGAUGCUCACACUGUCUGGCGUGCAAGUCGGGGCCGACUGGACUUCCAUCCUCAAGAAAAGACACGUCUACAGGGAGGCAUUCUCCGGCUUCAGCGUGGACGCGGUCGCCAAGUACACCGAGAAGCAGAUGGCGUCGCUGAGCGCCGACUACGGGCUGGAUUUGGGCACCGUCAGAGGAACCGUCAACAACGCCUGCCGGAUUCUCGAGUUGCGGAGGGACUUUGGGUCGCUGGACAAGUACGUGUGGGCGUUCGUGAACAACAAGCCGCUGUCGCCGAGCUACAAGUACAGCCGGAAGAUCCCCGUGAAGACGUCCAAGUCGGAGUCCAUCAGCAAGGACAUGGUCCGGCGCGGCUUCCGCUUCGUCGGCCCCACUGUCAUCCACUCCUUCAUGCAGGCCGUCGGGCUCACCAACGACCACCUCGUCUCGUGCCCGCGCCACCGCGUCUGCUCCUCCGCCGCCGCUGCCACCCGCGUUUAACUGAUUCUGCUGACCACCACCGAGAGAGAGACACAAGGGAGAGAAGAAGAAACUUAUCUAAGGAACAACCGAUCGACCAACCAAGAGGAGAAAUUAAGGAAAAGAGUGAGAUAUAGCCUCUAGUAGCAGUAGUAGCAGUAGUAGUAUACAAAAGAGAGUGUGCUGGUUUGCAAGUGUGUAUGAUGAUCGAGUGUGUGCUUGUGUAGAUUAAUUACGGCGGCUCCCCCCUAAUUAGCCAAUUAAUGAGCUUGCUUGCUGUGAAUUGCA